UCGCCAAGAUGUCUAAAGCAGAGAGAGCUGAACACAAACGAAAGAUGGAAGCCUGGACAGAGAAUUUACGGAAAGCUAAUCUCGCCAAAUUAGACCCUAAAGAUAAUCCCGAAAGUGAUGAAUACGUCUCGCCUGGACCUCUUACCCCUGGGCCGACUGCUUCACCUUUUGUUGACCUCAUGAACUAUACUGAUGAAGACAGGAAACGUUUCGAAAACAUGUCCGAGUGGUGUUGGAGGGAUGAUGGGGAAUAUAAUUGGGUUUGGAUCCCGAAAGGCACGAUUAGAGUGACGGGUAAAAAGGAAAAGACUAAAUGUUUAGGUGAUAACGAACAGGAGGUUAGAGGUGCAGGAUGUUGUAACAAGAUACCUGAGGACUGGUAGACUUGUCACAAGAUCCCUGAGGACUGGUAGACUUGUCACAAGAUACCUGAGGACUGGUAGACUUGUCACAAGAUACCUGAGGAC